AUGAUUGAUUCUUACAAGAGCGAUCACAUUCCUAUCUCCGAUACACAGGAUACUUCCGAAGCCCAUCUGCUAUAUCUUCCAACUGCAGCCCUUCUCGGGUCCAUCCCAUUCGACGAUGACCCCAGCUCCGCGAGCCAACUUCGGCCUAGUACUAUACCUAUACUUCAGGAAUCCGGAUGGCAGUCGGAGAAAGCCUACGACGAGGAUCCUCCAAACUACAUCCACUAUUUCAUAGAAUGGCGACUCAUCCUCAACAAAACCGCUGAAUGUCUUGGCGCUUAUUCUUAA